GGGGAGACCACGGGGAGCCAGGGUGGCCCACAGGGUCUGGGUCGCUUGCUGGUGUCAUGGCAGUAGUAGGGCGGGGGUCCAGCCGCCAGUUUGACCACGGCAGGGCGGGGCUUGCAGCUCGGUACAGGAUUGGACAGGAACAGGGGGGCGCCCCAGAGGCCACCACUGCGGAUCUUUUUAGCUGCCAGGUGACUCAGCCCCAAAGGCGCGAAAGGGCAAGCACGUGAGGUGCGCGGGAGACGGAGUGGAAGAGGUGUCCCACGUGGGAAAACGGGGCUGUAGGGAGGAGGUGGGACUGCCGCAGUUUCAGAAGACCGUACUUCCGACGUGGGGGUGGUACGCUCUAGGGGGCGGGACACCCCCAGGGGCCAGGAGCUGGGGCAGGUAGGGGCGUGGCCUUAGGGCCCGCCUCUCCCGCCUCCUCGGCCUGGGGCUCCAAGCACACCGGACGCAGCUGCGCAACCGCCCCAUAGCAGGGCCAUGGGUCUUAGUCCUGUCUCGACCCCCUGCGAGCCCGCCCCAUCUGCCGCUUGACUAGAGGCCCAGGUGGUCAUCAUGGGUCAGUGCUACUACAAUGAGACCAUCGGCUUUUUCUAUAAUAACAGUGGCAAGGAGCUCAGCCUUCAUUGGCGCCCCAAGGAUGUGGUGGUGGUGGCUCUGGGGCUGACAGUCAGUGUACUGGUGUUGCUCACCAAUCUGCUGGUUAUUGCAGCCAUCGCCUCCAAUCGGCGCUUCCACCAGCCCAUAUACUACCUGCUCGGCAACUUGGCUGCCGCUGACCUCUUCGCUGGCAUGGCCUACCUCUUCCUCAUGUUCCAUACUGGCCCACGAACCGCCAGGCUCUCCAUCAAAGGCUGGUUCCUGCGACAGGGCCUGCUGGACACCAGCCUGACGGCAUCAGUGGCCACACUGCUGGCCAUCGCUGUAGAGCGGCACCGUAGCGUGAUGGCUGUGCAGCUACACAGCCGCCUGCCCCGGGGCCGUGUGGUCACACUCAUUGUGGGUGUGUGGGUGGCUGCUCUGGGCCUGGGGUUGCUGCCUGCACACUUCUGGCACUGCCUCUGUGACUUGGACAGCUGCUCACGAAUGGUGCCCCUGUUCAGCCGCUCCUACCUGGCUGUGUGGGCCCUGUCCAGCCUGCUUGUCUUCCUGCUCAUGGUAGCCGUCUACACACGCAUUUUCUUCUACGUGCGUAGACGGGUGGAACGCAUGGCGGAGCACGUCAGCUGCCAUCCCCGCUACCGAGAGACGACACUCAACCUAGUCAAGACUGUUGUCAUCAUCCUGGGGGCAUUCGUGGUGUGCUGGACACCAGGCCAGGUGGUGCUGCUCCUAGAUGGUCUGGACUGUAAAUCCUGCAAUGUCCUGGCUGUGGAGAAGUACUUCCUGCUCCUGGCUGAGGCCAACUCACUGGUCAAUGCAGUGGUGUACUCCUGCCGAGAUGCCGAGAUGCGCCGCACUUUUCGCCGCCUCCUCUGCUGCAUGUGCCUCCGCUGGUCCAACCACAAAUCUGCCCACUCGUCUUCUGCCCAGAUGGGUGCCAGUACCCGAAUCAUGCUUCCUGAGAAUGGCCACCCACUGAUGGACUCCACCCUUUAGCUUCCUUGGACUGAGGCAGGAGAUGGGCAGCCAGAGCAUCGUCUUCUGCACCCCAUGGCCACUUGCAGUUCUGACUCCAUCCAGCCCAGCAGAUGCAUGGCCCCUCCAUACUCCCCAAGCCCACAGAUCUGCCUGCCUCUGGGCACAGGGAUUUGGGGACAUCUCCAUGCACAUGGGAGAGCAUCCAAAGGGGCUUGGCAAUCUGACUCUCAAUCAUCUCAGGUUUUAGUUGUUUGGGUUUUUUUAACAGACAUUUUCAUAGCUUUACUGAAUAUCUCUGGCAUGUCCUGUGGACUGGUUCUUCCUACGUGGUGCUCUAGGUGUUGUUCAGGGGGAGAGGUGAGAGCGGUCCCAGGCUGCACCACCCACUGUUAGAGGCUAUAGGUGUGACAUCUUCCUGAGGCUAGUUUGUGUGUGUGUUUUUGAGACAGGAUCUCAUGUAGCCUAGGCUGACCUUGAACUCACUGUAUAGUUGAGGAUGGCCUUGAACUCCACCUCCCAAGUGCUGGUACUGAAGCUGACUCCUUGGGAGUGUUGAGCAGCCUCUGAAGGCUCACCUGCCUCUAUUAGUAUGGAGGGACAGCAUUGUACAGGGCAAGCCUUUCCACUCUGAGGCUGCCAGGGUUGUUUGGUUGGUUGUUUUUUUUUUUUGCCAUUAAUUCAGACAAUCUGCCCCUGUGUCCUGGAAUUAUCUAUCAUGGCUCAGAGCUGUCGAGAAUCCUUCGACAUGGAAUCCCCUGGCCCUGAUUUCAUUCCUAUUCUGCACCCACUCCCCUCCCCC